CCGGAAGAAGGUCGAGUUAUACGCCAGAUUUAACUAAUAACGCCACAGUACACCGAAAUGGUUGUUUUGUUUUUUUCUUUCAAGUACUUAAAUGUGUAAUACAUGAAUAGCAAUGUCAAAUUAUACUAUUAUUUGCUGGGAAACGUGACCAAUCCCGGGGCAGAGAGAAGUGCCCAUACCCGGAAGUGGUCAGUGUGCCGCUUUACGGGCUGCUGGGGUUGCCAAGGGAAACGAGUGAUCUGCGGCGUGUGAGGCGGGAAGUCAGAGGUCAAGGAUGGAACCGGACAAAUCCCUGCUGUCGGCAGAACUAAAUUCAGAGAUGGAGGAAGCUCUCUAUGAACACAUGCUUCUGCAGGCAAAACAAGAAAUACAAAAUAGGCUACCAAUCCCACAGGUAUCAAAACAAAUCCGACCCCAGCCUGGCUUUUGCAUAAAGACUCAUACAUCAAAAAAUGAAAAGAUCUUUAUUAACAUCUGUAAGUCCAGUCAAAUCCCAGCAGCCCCCGACCUCAGUGAGCAGGAGCUUGUGACGAUCUUGGAAUCGGAUGAUCCCUCUGGAUAUCGUGUCCCUAUGAGCAUUGGAGAACCCCAUGUUGAAGUAGACAAUAGUGGAAGUGGUUGCACAGCCUAUGACAUUGUGAUAAACAGUUCUUUCUUUGACAAGAUUAAGAAUAAUGAACUUUUUAGGGAAUUCUUCAUCACAGUGGCAAUGGAAGGGUUAGAAAACAAAUAUGCGCUGGAACUUUCUAGAGAAUGGCGAAUGCUGAAAAAUCGAAAGUUCAUGGGAUCCAUAUUCGAUCAAAAUAUAAGAACAACUUCCAAACCUAUGAUUCAAGAGAUGGAUACAAAGUCCUCACAACCAGUUGCAAGCAAAACUCUUAUUUCUGAAGUCACAAGCUCACCAGAGGUACCAGAAUUUACAAUAAUUGCAGAGCCUUCGGAAGGGCACCCAACUUUUCUUGUGGCUGAAAUAUCUUUGCCUAAAGUGUCCUCUAUCCGAUCUCUUGUACUAGACCUUGGUGAAGAUCGGAUUGUAUUAUUGGGACGUCCUGACUUGUAUAUUAUGGAUAUCUUCAUUCCCUACAAUAUUGUCCAGGAGGAAAGCGGUGCUCAGUUUAACAAAGAAACAAAGGUGCUGACAAUUACGAUGCCAGUCCAACCAGCAUAGCAAGGAGCUGCGGAAGGCUUAGCUUUUUAAAAUCUGUCUUUAUUAUUGAUCCAGUGGAUUCAAAUUGGAGAUUUUGGACUCUACAUCGCUACUUUGUAACAUGUUCUUCAGCUUUGAGUCAGUUUGGAUUCAAAGUUAAAUGCAUCAGCAAUUUUGUAAAUAAAUGUUAAUUAACGUGAA